ACGAACUAGCUAGUUAAAGAUUCAAUAAGACGGACUGCCUCAAACUUCCGAAAUGUGUCUUUAUCGUUUGUGAAUAGUUGUUUGAACGACGUAACAAUAAGGUUUUAGAGUUUUUGAAACGCAAGUUUGCAAGCUAGGCGAACUUAUUUAACGACAGAAAGCGUAUUUAUGCUAGCGUUAGCUUGCUAAUCCAGUAAGAAGGAGCACGAAGAGCUAUCAAAGCAAACAAAUUCACAUUUUCCAAGAUGAGCGAACAGCUGAAAUUCAUCGUUGAACAACUUAACAAGGAGCCAUUUAAGAAGAACUUCAACCUCAUCACGUUUGACACACUGGAACCGAUGCAGCUGCUUCAGAUUUUAAAUGAUGUUCUGGCUGAAAUCGACCCAAAGCAAACUAUAGACAUCCGUGAAGAAAUGCCUGAGCAAACUGUAAAGAGGAUGUGUGUUCUGCUAGGGAUGCUGAAAUAUAAACCUCCUGGCAAUCUCUCUGAUGUGAGCAGCUUCAGACAGGGUCUGGUGACUGGCAGCAAACCUGUGAUCCACCCAAUCCUUUACUGGCUGCUGCAGAGGGUUGCUGAGCUGAAGAAAAGGGCCUACCUAGCUCGUUUUCUGGUUAAGCUUGAGGUGCCAGCAGAGUUCCUGCAGGAUGACGUCAUCAAUGACACCUAUCACCAGUAUGAAGAGCUGGUGGAAGGAUUUAAGACGUAUCAUAAGGAAUGUGAGCAGCUCAGAACUUCAGGCUUCUCCACCUCUGAAAUCAGGAGGGACAUUAGUGCCAUGGAGGAAGAGAAGGACCAACUAAUCAAACGUGUGGAGAGGCUGAAGAAGAGGGUGGAGUCAGUGUCCAACCACCAGCGGAUGCUGGAGCAGGCCAGGCAGCUGCGAGUGGAGAAGGAGCGAGAGGAGUCAUUGACUCACCAGAAACAGGAACAGAAGAAUCAGCUGUUCCAGGCAGAGCAGAGAUUGCUGAGAUCGCAGCAGCAGUUGAAGGAUAUGCGACAGACAGCGACAGAUGCCAAUCCAGAGAGCCUGAUGAAGAGACUUGAAGAAGAGAUCAAAAUCAACUCCUACAUGGUUUCCGAGAAACUCCCCAAAGAGCUGGAGGGCAUGAGGCGUAUGGUGCAGUACCUGCAGAAAGUGGCAUUGGAGCCUGCAAUGGGCCAGUCUGAUCUCCAGGAGCUGGAGGACAAGAUUAAAGAGGCUGAUUCUCAGAUAAACCAGCUGAUUGAGAAGAGGAUGAUGAGAAAUGACCCCAUGGAUGACAACCUGACACUGUACAGGCAACAGGCCUCCAUCAUCAUUCGCAGGAAAGAGUCAAAGGCGGAGGAGCUUCAGGAAGCGAGGGAGGAGCUGGCGGCAGCAGAGAGGGAGCUAAGGCAGAGGAGCAGCCAGGCACAAGGCUCGGACGGGGAGGAGGUCAUCCGUGGUGAUGAGCUGAAACGUUUGCUGGUGAAACUGCGCAGCAAGGGAACAGUGUACAAGAAGAAACGUCAAGAAAUUGCUGAGCUGAAAGCAGAAUAUGGAGUCCUGCAGCGGACAGAGGAGAUUCUCAGGCAGAGACACGAGACUGUGCAACAGAAACUGCAAACUGUGGAAGCUGAGAAGGGCAUCUCUGGCUACAGUAACACUCAGGAGGAACUGGAGAGAGUGUCGGCCAUCAAGAGCGAGCUGGAUGAGAAAAAAGGCCGCACUCUGGAUGACAUGUCUGAAAUGGUGAAGAAGUUAAACUCAAUGAUAGUGGAGAAGAAGUCGGCUUUAGCACCAAUUAUAAAAGAACUGAGAUCACUGAGACAGCGGUGUCAGGAACUAAGUCAAGAGUACGAGGAAAAGAAGGUGCAAUAUGAAAGUUGUGCUGCUGGUUUGGAGAGCAACAGAUCUAAACUGGAGCAGGAGGUGAAAGCAUUGAGGGAGGAGACGGCACAGAAGGAAAACCGAUACCACUAUAUCAACUCCAUGUCAGAGAUCAUUGAGAUGCAAAUGCAGCGGGCGGCUGAGGAGAUGAAGGCCUACGUGUCCUCUGAUCCACAAGAAAGGAAGAAGGCCAUCAGGGAAGUGUACAUGAAGAACAUUUCAGAACAGGAGUUACUCGGCAAGAAGUUACGUGAGGAGCAGAAGAUGGUGAGGGAGAGCCACAGUGCCAACAUGGACCAGAUGAAGAUGUGGCGUGACCUGGAGCAGCUGAUGGAGUGCAAGAGGCAAUGCUUUAUAAAGGCUCAGAGCCAAGUGUCUAUUGGGCAGGUCAUCCAGGAGGGAGGGGAGGACAGGCUGGUGCUGUGAGGACACAAUCAACAGCUGGUUUCCCACUCUACAUUCACUACACCAAGUUAAACCAAAUGUUCCACAUCUUCCUGUCACGGGUCUAAAUCUUUUUAUUUACAUUGUAUGUAAAGUGUUACUAGGCACUACAUAGAGUUCCUGUCAUUGUUCAUGGGUUUUAUCUUUCCCUCCAUCUUUUCUGUUACUCAGUUGUCGGUAGUUUACGUUGUGCAGAACCAGACCACUAAUCUCUGGUGAUGACACACUUUAAGAUGCUUUGUGAAUACAGAACUUAAAGAACACAGGACAAGGGUUUCCUCUUUCUCUGACUCCUGGGAGACUCUUUUGUGACAUAUCUUUAAGAAUACACUUUCAAUCAAAGUGUCCAAAGAUAACAGUGUACAAAGUGGUGCACUUUGGGAUGUGGCAGCAGUCAACUAUUUUUGGUAUCUCCAGUCACAACCUUGAAAAGGGAUUGGGAUUCCAAUUUUGGAAUUCACUGGGACCUCCACUGCUUUGGACAGUGAAGAUAAAAUGAUCAUCUUUUUCUGCUUGUUAAAUCUGUUUAACCUUUGACAUUUCAGAUGUUUAUCUUUACAUAUUUGGAUUAUCUAAACAGUUUUAUUAAAUAUAUUUCAUGUUCA